AUGCCUGCAGUUUUGCCAGCGGUGCCGAGUUCGAGCGGUCGAAGGUUGAAAAAGCUCAAGAAAAGAGUGAAGAAGAAAUCGAAAAAGGAUGAAAAGAAGAAUUUAGAUACAGAUACAACGAAUUCUACUUCGCCAGAGCUUCCAAAAGAUAAUAAAGAAAAGAUAAUCGCAGACCCAAAAACCAUCCGCUGGAUCGGAAAACUCGACGAUCCCGAACAAGAAGCCCGCCGAAUUGAAAUUUACAAAGAAGAGCGCAGGAAGCGCUACGCGACGAUGGGUAUUUAG